AUGAACACACUUACAUUUAUGUUAUCCGCAUCCCUUAUUCUAAGCACCCUCCUAACAACUGUAAACUUCUGACUUGCCCAAAUAACCCCAGACACAGAAAAACUAUCACCAUACGAAUGCGGAUUUGAUCCACUAGGAUCAGCCCGACUUCCAUUCUCAAUCCGAUUCUUCCUAGUAGCCAUCCUAUUCCUCCUAUUCGACCUAGAAAUCGCCCUACUACUCCCCUUACCAUGAGCCAUCCAACUCCAAUCCCCCAUGACAACCCUCACCUGAGCCACCACAAUCCUUACCCUCCUCACGCUAGGCCUCAUUUACGAAUGAACCCAAGGCGGCCUAGAAUGAGCAGAAUAA